AUGGGUGGUAGUAGUGGUAGAAGAAAGAAGCAGCAUUUCGGCAGAAUCCAUGCCUUUCAUCGUGGAAAGCCAUCCUUGGAUGGCGAGCAUUCGCAGAUCGGAGGCCCCGGAUUCUCUAGAGUAGUCCAUUGCAAUGACCCUGAAUGCCUUGAGGCCACUGCUAAGAACUAUAAAAGCAAUUAUGUUAGAACCACCAAGUAUACACUUGCUACAUUCUUACCUAAGGCAGUGUUUGAGCAAUUCAGAAGGGUUGCAAAUUUAUAUUUCCUCAUUUGUGCAAUACUGUCAUUUACACCGCUGUCUCCUUACUCGGCUGUCAGUAAUGUUGUCCCUCUUGUGGUUGUGGUGGGAGUUACGAUGGGAAAAGAGGCCCUUGAAGAUUGGCGACGCAAAAAGCAGGAUAUGGAUGGGAACAACAGAAAAGUUCUGGUGCAUCAAUCGGAAGGUGAAUUUGAUUUUAGUAAGUGGAGGGAUUUGAAAGUUGGGGAUAUAGUGAAAGUGGAAAAGGACCAAUUUUUUCCUGCUGAUCUUAUUUUACUUUCAUCAAGCUAUGAUGAAGCACAUUGCUAUGUAGAGACCACCAAUCUUGACGGGGAAACUAAUUUGAAAAUCAAACAAUCUCUGGAAGCAACUUCUUCUAAUAUUCAUGAAGAUUCGAGUUUCAAAGACUUCAAGGCUUUGAUCAGGUGUGAAGACCCGAAUGCAAGUCUCUACUCAUUCGUAGGGAGUCUGGAGUUUGAAGGGGAAUCAUACCCUCUUACACCUCAGCAGCUUCUGCUUAGGGACUCUAAGCUGAGAAACACUGAUUUUAUAUAUGGGGUUGUAAUCUUCACAGGUCAUGAUACAAAAGUUAUGCAAAACUCGACUGAACCACCUUCCAAGAGAAGCAAAAUUGAGAAAAGGAUGGAUAAGAUAGUCUACUUCUUGUUUUUCCUCUUAGUUGUGAUGUCUACUGUUGGUGCUAUUGUCUUUGGGGUUACAACUAGCCAAGACAUAGAAGAUGGGGCAUUGAUAAGAUGGUACCUUAGACCAGAUGAUACUACAAUUUACUAUGAUCCUACGAGAGCAGCAGUUGCAGCCAUUUUGCAGUUCUUGACUGCCGUUAUGUUGUACAGUUAUCUGAUUCCCAUUUCCUUGUAUGUGUCGAUAGAGAUUGUUAAAGUGCUCCAGGGCGUUUUCAUCAACCAGGAUCUGCACAUGUACUAUGAGGAAACUGACACGCCAGCUCGAGCACGUACCUCAAACUUGAAUGAAGAACUUGGCCAAGUUGAUACUAUUCUAUCAGACAAAACAGGAACCUUAACUUGCAACUCAAUGGAGUUUAUCAAGUGUUCUAUUGCCGGGACUGCUUUUGGGCGCGGAGUUACAGAAGUCGAGAGAGCUUUGUCCAGUGGUAAAGGCUCGUCUUUUUUUGGAGGGGUGACAGAAGAAGAAGGCCAAGUUGAAGAAUCUGCUGAAGCCAAGACAUUAAUAAAAGGCUUUAACUUUAUGGAUGAAAGAAUAGUGGAUGGAAAUUGGGUAAGGGAGCCUCAUGCAGAUGUAAUCCAGAAGUUUCUACAGUUACUUGCCGUCUGUCAUACUGCAAUACCUGACGUUGAUGAAGAAUCUGGAAGAGUUUCAUAUGAGGCUGAAUCACCAGAUGAGGCAGCUUUUGUGAUUGCAGCAAGAGAGCUUGGGUUUGAAUUUUAUGAAAGGGCUCAAACAACCAUCUCCCUGCACGAGUUUGAUCCUAUGUCUGGAAGGAGAGUUGAAAGAUCUUAUCAGAUUUUGAAUGUAUUGGAGUUUAGUAGCUCAAGGAAGCGAAUGUCUGUGAUUGUAAGAAAUGAGGAGGGAAAGAUACUAUUGCUCAGUAAAGGUGCUGACAGUGUCAUGUUCCAAAGACUUGCAAAGGAUGGAAGGGAGUUUGAAGAGAAGACCCGGGAGCACAUUAACGAGUAUGCUGAUGCUGGUUUGAGGACUUUAGUACUUGCAUAUCGGGAACUUGAUGAAGAAGAAUACUUUGAGUUUAACAAAGAAUAUACCGAGGCCAAGAACUUAGUUAGUGCAGAUCGAGAGGAUGCUGUGGAGGAAGUGGCUGAGAAGAUUGAGAGGAAUUUGAUUCUUCUUGGUGCUACUGCAGUUGAAGACAAACUUCAAAAUGGGGUUCCUGACUGCAUUGACAAGCUUGCUCAGGCUGGAAUUAAACUAUGGGUUUUGACUGGAGAUAAAAUGGAGACAGCAAUAAAUAUUGGAUAUGCCUGCAGUUUGCUUCGACAAGGAAUGAAGCAAAUAAUAAUAAGCUCAGAAACCUCAGAAGCUAAAGCAUUAGAGAAGGUGGAGGACAAAUCGAAAGUGGCCACGGCAUUGAAAGAAAGUGUUAUUCAUCAAAUAAGUGAGGCAAAGGCAUUGCUUGCUUCACCAGAUGAGAACUCCGAAGCAUUGGCUUUGAUCAUUGAUGGGAAUUCACUCACUUAUGCCUUAGAGGCAGAUGUCCAGGACCUAUUUCUAGAUCUUGCCAUUGGCUGUGCCUCUGUUAUAUGCUGUCGUUCAUCUCCCAAACAGAAAGCACUUGUUACAAGACUGGUAAAAAUUAAAACUGGUAAAACAACUUUGGCAAUUGGUGAUGGGGCAAAUGAUGUAGGAAUGCUUCAAGAAGCAGAUAUUGGUAUUGGUAUCAGUGGUGUUGAAGGAAUGCAGGCAGUCAUGUCAAGUGACAUUGCAAUUGCACAGUUUCGUUUUCUAGAGCGCCUGCUACUCGUACAUGGACAUUGGUGUUACAGAAGAAUCUCGUCAAUGAUAUGCUAUUUCUUCUACAAGAACAUUACUUUUGGCUUCACUAUCUUUUUCUAUGAGAUGUAUGCUUCAUACUCGGGUCAAUCUGCAUAUAAUGAUUGGUAUCUAUCACUCUAUAACGUCUUCUUCACAUCACUUCCUGUAAUUGCAUUGGGAGUGUUUGACCAAGAUGUCUCUGCCAGAUUCUGCCUCAAGUUCCCUCUCUUGUACCAAGAAGGUGCACAAAAUGUCUUAUUUAGCUGGGUCCGGAUACUUGGAUGGUUGCUGAAUGGCAUAGUCACUGCCACAAUAAUCUUCUUCUCCUGCAUCCUGGCAAUAGGUAGUCAAGCCUUUCGCAAAGGCGGGGAAGUUGUUGGCUUCGAGAUCUUUGGUGCCACCAUGUACUCAAUUGUGGUAUGGGUGGUCAACUGUCAGAUGGCACUAUCCAUCAAUUACUUCACUUACAUACAACAUCUCUUCAUCUGGGGUGGCAUUGUGUUCUGGUACAUAUUCCAGCUGGCUUAUGGUGCCUUGGACCCUUCCAUAUCAACCACUGCCUAUAAGGUCUUUAUUGAAGCAUGUGCACCUGCCCCAUUCUACUGGCUUGUUACACUCUUGGUAGUAGUCACUUCUCUCCUACCUUAUUUCACUUAUUCCGCCUUCCAAAUGCGAUUCUUCCCCAUGUAUCAUCAAAUGAUACAAUGGAUGAGAACAGAUGGGCAAUCAGAUGACCCUGAGUUCUGUCAUAUGGUGCGGCAGAGAUCGAUAAGAUCCACAACAGUAGGCUACACAGCUCGUAUUGCAAGGUCCAGACGCUUUGAAGAGGGUCAUUGAUGAAUGCACCAGUUAAUUUCCACAUUCUUCUCAUAGCGGUAGUGUACAUUAUCUCAAAAGUAAGAUAAGCAUUUUUCCCUUGUAUUAUAUGUUAACUAGUUCCCCAUAUAUUAGAGGAAAAGGCUGGAGCAGAACUGAUCAGCUCAUGUCCUUCCAACUUUUUGCUUAGGAUAUAUACUUGUAUGGUCAGGCAAUCGCAUCAUGUAUGAUGAUGAAGCAUCAGAUGUACAAUAUCACCAAUAUUUAUUCAAUUAUUCGAUAAGAUUAUUUUGUUUUCUAGGUAAUAAUAACAAUUAGUAUUGGUGGUGUUUCAUUC